GCCUGUCACUGCACCUCUGCCUCUGCACCCUGCCCGCACUCCGCAGACCGCGCUCCGUGAGCUGACAGCUCCGCCGCGCAUGCGCAGGGCGUCACCACUGGCUCGCUCGGUGCUGAAGUUGGGCGGAUGGACGGAAAACACCGCUGAUGGAGAUAAAACGGCAGCAUGCAAUCUCAACGCGCGAUACCACCGAUAUCCGCAUACACACGUGUAACGACACCCGCUUAGAAGACUGACAUCUAGAACAAAAGGGAUGUCUUAUCCUGGAUCAUUUAGCCCUUGACUAAAGGAAAGGGUGUGCCUGCAAAUACCAGGUGUUUGAAACCUACCUCCGGCAUUCUCCAUCAGGCAUGAUAAGAGAAGAUACAAGAGGCCACAUUUUGUUUUCCAGCACACUGCCCGUCUCAACGUUUGACAAUACAGUCAUGAUUUUCUUACCUGGUCUUCAGAUGGAUCGCUGCUAAUUUGCAUGCCGCAGAGUGUGAGUGGAGUUGAAAUGAGGAAAAGGCAGCAGGGACGCAUUGAAGGACCCCCACAGGUGCCUGGUCACCCGAGGCCCAACACCUGCUGUCUGUGCUGGUGUGGAUGCUGCAAAUGCCUCUGGAAUGAAGACGGAAGGGAACGCUCAGAGAGGCAAACAUGUACAAAGAUGGAUAGCAUAGAAGCGACAGAGGAACAGCAUCCCACAAUGGAUGAGGUGAUUGCCUGGUCACGGAGCUUUGAGAUGAUGAUGCGCUCUCCAGAGGGGAGGGAUGUUUUCCGGGAGUUCUUGCGGUCCGAGUACAGCGAAGAAAACCUGAUGUUCUGGAUGGCCUGUGAGGAACUGAAAAAAGAAACCAACUCAUCUGCUAUCGAUGAAAAAGCCAGGAUCAUUUAUGAAGACUACGUCUCCAUUCUUUCGCCAAAAGAGGUCAGCUUGGAUUCACGGGUGAGGGAAGUCAUCAACCAAAGCCUGGACGAACCCAGCGGUACGAUGUAUGAGGACGCCCAGCUUCAGAUCUACACCCUCAUGCACAGAGACUCCUUCCCCCGAUUUCUCAACUCAUCUGUUUACAGGGAUCUUCUUAACAGCAAGAGGGCCUGCUUAGACACCUAGGUUUCAGCAAGAACAUUUGUGACAAAAAAGCCCCAAGGUGCCACUCUCGAAAGGUGUGAUGUUUCUUAUUUCAAGAGUGAGUAGAUAAGCAAUUCGGAGCAUCCACUAGUUACCCUGAAGUUCAGUUCUGUUUAAGUGCCAAUAUGAGCUGCUCAGGCAACCGUGACACAGAGAAAACGUGUAGGAAAACUGACAGAUCUGUACUUCCUACUCUCAACUCCGUCUUUUUUUUCAUCCACCUGUUUUGUCUCUUUUGACUCUUCAAAUGUCCUUUCUAUUCCUGUUUAGCUCACGUGUUCUCUUUAUCUCUAUGUUCUUUCUACCUGAUCCUUUCCAUCUUUUAUGCCUCCCAUAUCUGAGGACAGCUGAAAAAUGUUAUUAAUAUUAUUAUUUUUUAAAAAGAAAAUCAAAAAACAAAUGGAUAAGCGGUAGAUGUUAAACUAGAAAACCUUUGCAUGAAACAAGGUUAUGGAAUUUACUCCAGUUUGACAUUUAAGCCCCGGACUACAAUGUUUUUUUUAUGCUGUCAUGGGGAGAGAACAUUGUAAAGCUCUCGUAAGUGAAGGGAAAAUUAGCUGUGCCAAUUGUUUUGUAAAAGAGAAGCUGGGAAGCAUAAUCGCCGUCUUGCUGUCCAAUCUCUUUCUUUGCGUGUCGACAGUUCUUUAACUGGGAAACAUAAGGGCUAGCUAGUGUUGUGAUUGGGCAGCUAAAUGAAUCAUGAACAUUUCUUUCUCUCUGCAAAAAUCACAAUGCCUCGACAAUGAGUAAGGGCACAAAAGCUGCUGAUGCUGGUGACGACACAGUUUAUUGUGUAAGUCCUCCUAGCCCCUCCCAGUCCGUAACUAACAGAGAGAAGCACAGGUACUGUAUGUCAUGGGCUGUAAGCUUCGCUGGAUUGACCGAGAAUUGCUUGAAAUCACUCACCAACGUUCUGGAGGUUCUUAAAAGAGCUUCGAAUUGUCUUACACAUUAAAGAAAUGUAUUUUAUUAAACAAAAGUGUAGUGAACACUA